UGUAUCUCACGUAAUUUGAUGCUCAUUGAUACUGCAGUACUGUGUCAGGAACGUGUUGAUGUAAAAUCUUUCAGUUUUGAUGGAUCUUAUUACAAGCUUUCAACUCUUCUUAGCACGACUUCUGACAGAACAAAGAACCAGAAUCAAUUGUUUGAUGAUAUUAACAACAUGUAUGAUGAUCUUCGUGAUGAUUCUAGUCAUCACAAUCUGGACAAGAAUGAUGACCAUCAAAAUAACAAACAUGUGAUCAUCCAUGAGAAUCCAUUUGUUCAAGAGUCACAUCUUCAAGAAUCUACUGUAGAAACUCAACAGGAACAAAAAUGAACAACGCCUCAACAUCAAGAGUAGUCAGGCAGUGAUAUUAGCAUAUAUGGCAGAGAUGCACAUUUGAUAUUAACUAUAAGUAAUAUAGCAGAAAAUAUGGAAGGUCAUACUCAAACAGAAAAGGGACUGCUAGAAAUGAUUGAAAAUCUUCCGUUGGUAAGCCAACCACUUCCACUUUGUGAGAUGCUACCAUUAACUACUGUCAAAGGUCUUGCAUUAGUUUAAUUGGUAUGUGUGCCCUAAAGGGAUAAAAGCUCUUGGCAGUGAAAGACUUUACAAAACCAUUCAUCAAUUUUAAUUUGAAAAUUCCAAAA